GUUGGAAUUUGAAUUGUCUGUCAGUUAGCUGGAACGCCGCUGGAUUUCUUCAACUAUGCCAGGAUACUUCAUUUCCUGCAAACCGUGGAGACUAUCUUCAUAGUUAUAUCACUGUCCUAUCUAUUUAAUUUUUAAUGCCACGUUCCUCAAUCUUCAUUUGAGCUGGAGUCACUGCCACCUCCUUGGCUGUCCAUGGCUCAUUAUUUUUGAUGUUUAAGAUAACUACAAACUCUACUGUACAACCAGAAAAACUCAGGAUGAGUGUAAACAAUGAUUUACACAUUCAAAGCUCAGCUUGUGUUCUCUGUGGACGGACAGAUGACUGCCCUGAAAAGUAUGGAGAAAAAAAGACCUAUGUGGAAUACAAUCUCACUGUUCAUUAUUACUGUUUGUUGAUGUCAAGUGGCAUUUGGCAGAGAGGGGAAGAAGAUGAAGGUGUAGAUGGAUUCUUAAUCGCAGAUAUUAGAAAAGAAGUGAAUAGAGCUUCAAAACUGAAAUGUAACAUCUGUAAGAAAAAGGGUGCUUCAAUUGGAUGUGUAGCUCCCAAGUGCAAACGAAGUUACCAUUUUCCUUGUGGGACACAAAAGGAAUGUAUUUUCCAGUUCAUGGAAGACUUCAGAUCUUACUGUUGGGAACAUAAACCAGUCCAAACGUUUCCAGUUAAAGAAUCUGGGGGAACUUCACAGUGUACAAUAUGCCUGGAUUUGGUUGAACAACUUCCAAUAUACACUGUAUUAAGAAGUCCUUGCUGUAAAAAUGCUUGGUUUCAUCGAGAAUGCUUGCAGUAUCAAGCUUUGAGUGCUGGGAUAUUUUUCUUUAGGUGCACAGUAUGUAAUAACAAGGACAAAUUUCAGAAAGAAAUGUUGAGAAUGGGCAUAUACAUUCCAGAAAGGGAUGCAUCUUGGGAACUUGAAGAGAAUGCAUAUGAAGAUCUACUGCACUGUUAUCAACAUUGUGAUACUAGAAGAUGUCUGUGCAGGAAAGGAAGAGACUACAGUAAACCUGAUAGUAAAUGGGAAAUAAAGCGUUGCCAGUGUUGUGGUUCCCGUGGAACUCAUUUGGCCUGUUCAUCUAUGAAGUCAUGGGAGCAAAACUGGGAGUGCAUGGAAUGCAGAAACAUCUUGGUAAAAUCAGGGAACUACAGGAAACAGCUGAAGCGUUCUUUGGCUACCUCUGAAAAGACAGAUGGGACAACUUGUUUGCUGGAAGAACCAUCUCCAAAGUGCCCUCGGCAGUCACCUGGAUCUGAACGCAAUAUUCUUCACUCACCAAAGAUUAUGUGCCAGAACAACUUGUCAACCUGCUCACACUUAGAACUUCCAGCAUCCAACAGAGUGAGGACGUCCUUAUCUCCACUGAUGUUGAACAGGAACUGGUCCCCGAGGAAAAAGCGUUUAAGAAAGGAAAGAAGGGAAGUUUCAAAUAUACUGAAGGAGUUAAGGCUGCAAGUUAAUGCAAAAACUACAAGGCUUAACAUCGAUGCCGAAAAUAUCUGGAAUAGUGCUUUAAAAGUAUUUAGACAGCGCAACUUCAGUCCUACAAAUGCCAUUGAAAUAAAGUUCACAAACUGCAAAAGUAGAUCAAAGACAGAUACUUCUGCUGCAAAAAAACGUCAUUUCUUCCAGUUAUUAAUGCUUCAUCUUCAGAAUUCAUCGUUGUUUGAGGGCUCUUCUGCAAAGAACUUGUCCCUUGAUUUUCAAGCUGUAAAGGAAAAUCUUUAUUUUGAAGCUGGUAAAAUGAUCGCAGUUUCUCUGGUUCAUGGUGGCGCAUCUCCUGGUUUCUUUUCCCAAACGCUGUUCAGUUGUCUUGUCUAUGGUCCAGAGAAUGUGAAGCCAUCUUUGGAAGAUGUUGCUGAUGCAGAUGUCGCAGAAACAAUAAAAAUGAUAAAACAUGCAAAUAGUCUAUCCAGCCUACAAUCUACAAUAAACAACUGUUACGAGUUCCUUGAUGCUGCUGGAUGUUUAAGACCUGUAACAGCUUUGUGUGAAAAGGAUGUGCUGGUGAAUGACCUACUGAUCCAUUAUGUGAUCAAGAGAAUCAUUUCACCUUUAGAAAGUUUUAGGCAAGGUUUGAGAACUCUUGGUGUGCUAGAGAAAAUGCAAAUGCAUCCAGAUGCAUUCGCUAGUAUAUUGUGCCACAAACCUGAGGGACUUUCAGUAGAAGCUCUCUGUGAUCUCUUUACAAUCCAUUCCUCAUCAGAUGUAAAUGAAGUUGAAGGUGCUGAUUUUUGGAUGGCUUAUUUGCAAGAUGUGAAAAGUGGUGAGUCUGUAGUAACGUUGGAGGAUAUUCUGCUCUUCGUAACAGGCUCUUUUUCUAUACCCCCCACUGGGUUUGAUCCUGAACCUACUGUUAAGUUUUCACAUGUAAGGUAUCCUGUUGGAAACAGGCUCCAGAAUUGCUUAGAGCUCCCUAUAACGAAGACAUAUGAGCAGUUUAAGAAUAAAAUGGAGUUCACCAUCAGAAACACACUAAGAGUUGAAAGAGAAUAAAAGUUUUGCUACUAAACUGGAUGUUGAAAACUUCCAACUCUCUGCAGGAAUGUCUGCUUGCAAAUCGCUACUGUAUUUUGGGACAGCAUCCUCUCGGCCUUUUCCCUCAAGCAUAUGCUAAAAGUAGUAAUUUUGUAAGAUAGAAAACAAUUUUCAGAUGAAAAUGCUCUUUACAUGUCGAAAUAUCUUCCUUUUUGAAGUUGGCUUUAAGAGUCAGCAGUCUCUUAGAGAAGUACUUCAAAUGCCUACUUUUGCCAUAGACAAGCAUGAAAUGUCAAAUUAUGUAACUUCUAGCUAUUUCCCAGGGGUAAGUAUGGUGAUUGAUUUACAUACUUCGUUAGCUUAUUUAUCAAAGUCAAAUGAGUACAUUUUGAAGAUCACUGCUAUAGAGCUUUGUCUCAAGUAAAAGUGUGAUGCAGUUCUUCAGUUGUUCCAUGUAUAGUUUUUUCAGUAAUUGUUUUUAUAUUGAUGACUUGAGGGGGAACGGCAGGUGAUGAUUCAUACAAACCUGUGAAAGGUCAUUUUGGUUAGUGCAUUAAAACACAAUUAAGGUCUGGAGAAAACCUAGGCAAAAUAAUUAGUGGCAAGAACAAAAUCUGGUUGAACUUGCGUUUCUAUUGUUAGACAAAAUCUUUGGUAUUUGCACGUUUCUGCAUUCUACUGUUAUACAUUAGCCUUUAUUAUACAUGUAGACAAAAUAGUAAAACCUAGAAGCAAGUCUGGAGUAGGCAACAAUAAGUGGUCUUUCAAAAUGAAAUUUUAGCUAAUGUUCAGUGUAAGAAUUUGUUGCUCAGAACAUGUUACUUUAUCUUCCAUGGAAGCCAGUAUUUUCAUAGGUAUAUACACUAAAACUAUUUAUUGAAUUAAAGGCAGUCUACCAUCAAGCUUGUCAGUGCCUGCACUUUUCUAGCCUUUAGCCUAAACUCUUUUUGUUUAAAUGUAGGUGCAGUCUGAGCAACGUCAGCUGUAUGAAAUAUAUUCCAGUUCUGCAGUAUUUGCAUAAAUAGUAAGCCAUAAAAGAUACCUACACAGUAACACUUUAAUGUUACUAAUACUAGAACUAUCAAACUAAAAGGACGUUUAAGUACAAUUUUAUAAAUGUAAGUAGGUGUCUUUUUUUUUUAAUUAUUAUUUCCUUCCAUGUCAGUUUGACCACCUUAAACUAUGUCCCAAACAUAGGUUUUGUUAUAGAUCUAUAAAGAUAGAUAUAUAUUGGUAUAUAUCUAUAUAUAUGUAUAGAUAUCCACAUUCCUCAAAAUACCGAAAAGCUGAAGAAUAAUUGUAUACUUUUUAAUUAAUAUAGCUUGGGUUUAAUUGUAAAUACAAACAUAAUUGCUUUACUUUUGAUGCCUUGGCAAGAAGGUACAUCCACAAUAUAUUAUAAAUGGAUAAGUGUCUCAGAAACAAAAAAAACACCACCAGAACCGGGGUAAUCUGUUUUCAGGUUCAUUGCAAGUAUUCCUCUACUUCAUAAAUUGUAUUACUAAAUGCUAAUUACAUAACAGUGUACUGCCACUCCAGAACUAUGAAGCAGCAGUCAAGACUCACAGAAUUGAGACCAUGCUGUAAAGGGUUAAAGACAAAGAGGCAAAUGGGUAUUGUUCAUUAAACAAUAUGCAGGUAUUUUGAAAUAUUUUUUAAACUGCUAAAGCUUCUUUCUUGAUCUGGGGAAGGGUUUUCUGGUUCUGAGCCAAAAGCAUAUUAAAGUCCCCUUUAAAAUA